UUUGGUGCAAUGCUGCGCCUUGUUCGUUACAUAUUUGUUAUGCAAGCAGAACGAAGACGAAUUUCGAGAAAACGUAAACCAAUUCAUUGACAAAUUUAUUACUUCGGAACGAAUGGAAAAACAUAACGCCUAUGAUGUAGAUACAUGGAUCACGGUGAUGCUGGUCUACUUCUCAAUUUUGUCAGCAUGUUCAAUCCUCCUGGUAAUCGGAUCAUUUAAGUGCAAACCGAUGCUAAUCUUUCCAUUUCUGACAGCUUACCCCAUAUAUGUAGUGCUAUGGCUAACUACCCACGUCAGAGUGAUGGUCGGUCUGAAAAAUCAAGAUAUUGGAAUCGGGAAUUUAAUACUUUACAGUAAUCUUGGAGGAUUUCUCAUAUUACUCCUUCUCUACAUGUGGUUUUGCGUAUUUUGUUUUGUUCAAAUGGUUUAUGAAUUAAAAUCGGAAAUGAAGAAGGAAAAGAAUGUUGGCAACUCAAAAAAUAACAAUGAGCCCAAGAAGAUUGCGAGAGCUGAUAAUUAUUACAAGAUAUAUUUACCAUAAGAUCGAGAUAUACCUGUGUGUAAACUCUAUCUAUGAAUUAAA